UCGCGCAUGUGUACUUUUUAUUUUUAACUACUUGUUAUUGUCAUUUUGAAAAUUCAACGUGGUUUUUCAACUUCUGUAAAAUCAUACAUGUCUUUGAUUAUUGUAUAUUAUAAAUAAGGCAUACAUUAGCUAAUAUUAUAAUACUGAAUAGAGCUUACAAGGAAAACAUCAUGGGUGAAGAGAAAAAGGUUAUGUUUCACGAAAUGGAAUUAGAUGAUCGAAUAUUAAAGGCAAUAUCCCAACUUGGAUGGCCAAAUCCAACCCUAAUACAAGAGACUGCAAUACCUCUUCUAUUGGAAGGCAAAGAUGUACUCAUGCGCGCGAGGACAGGAUCAGGAAAGACAGCAGCAUUCACAAUACCAGUCAUACAAAAGAUAUUGAAUCUUAAAAAUACAAGUACACAUCAAGGUAUCAAAGCCCUUAUAUUGUCUCCGAGUAAAGAGUUAUGUGGUCAGAUUACGUCAGUAAUAAAUGACUUAACACUAAAAUGUUCAAGAGAAGUUCGUUGCAUAGAUAUAUCACAAAAUGGAGAUAUGCAAAUACAAAAGUCUUUGCUAGCUGAUAAGCCAGAUAUUGUUGUAGCGACACCGUCAAGGGCAUUAGCACACUUGAAAUCCAAUAGUAUGAGAUUAAAGGAAGAUUUGUCUGUUCUUGUUGUUGAUGAGGCUGACUUGGUAUUUUCGUUUGGAUAUGAAGCUGAAAUUAAAGAACUUUUAGGACAUUUGCCAAAAAUCUAUCAGGCAGUUCUUGCUUCAGCAACUCUGUCGGAUGAUGUACUAAGUUUAAAAAAAAUAGUCCUUAGAAAUCCAGUGACUUUGAAACUUGAGGAGCCAGAGUUAGCUCCAUCAUCACAAUUGCAGCAUUACCAUCUGUUUGCGGAAGAGGAUGACAAAGCAGCUAUACUAUAUGCACUUCUAAAACUAAAUUUAAUUAGGGGAAAAAGUAUAAUCUUUGUUAGAACAGUAGAUAGAUGCUAUAAAUUAAAACUUUACUUGGAACAGUUCAAAAUUAGUUCAUGCGUCUUAAAUUCAGAGUUACCAGCUGCGAUCAGAUGUCUGUCGGUAGAACAGUUCAAUAGAGGACGAUAUGAAAUAAUUGUAGCAUCGGAUGAGAAAGCUUUAGAAAAACCGGAUGGUGGAUUGCUUGGUGAUGAAGAGUUUGGAAAGAAGAGAAGGCAAAAAUCUAAACGUAAGAAAGACAAAGAAUCAGGUGUGUCACGUGGCAUUGAUUUCCAGCAUGUAUCCAAUGUUAUCAACUUCGACUUUCCUCUGGAUGUCACUUCAUAUGUUCAUCGAGCGGGACGUACUGCUAGGGGAAACAACCAGGGAUCAGUUCUGUCCUUCGUAGCUAUAAAAGAGAAGCCACUUAUGGAUGCGGUCGAGGACCAUUUAUCAAAAGGGUUUAAUGGGCAACAAGUAUUACAGAAAUAUGAGUUUGCUCUGGAGUCCGUGGAAGGGUUCCGUUACCGCUCCCGCGACGCGUGGCGCGCCGUCACACGCGUGGCCGUACGAGAGGCCAGGCUCGCUGAGCUACGUCGAGAACUGCUGGCCUGCCGACAACUGCAGGGCUACUUUGAAGAGAACCCGACGGACCACGCGGCUCUGAAGCGAGACAAGGCGCUGCAUACAGUGCGCCUGCAGCCGCAGCUGGCCCACGUGCCAGAGUACUUGCUGCCGGCCGCUCUGAGGAACGAGGACACGGAGGCCGAUGUGGACGCAGCAGCGCCGGCGCCUAAGAAGAAAAAACAAGCUGGUAACUUUGGGAGUGCAAAGAGGCAUAAAUAUCAGGCACGUCAAAGCGACCCCCUCAAAAGUUUUCAGUUGAAGAACCUGAAGAAGACGCCUGCAGCAGACGACACAUAGUACUUUUGCGAGCAACACGUGGUCGCGUUAUUAGUUGAGGAGUUUGGUUAGUACGAUAUUAAUGAUGCGUGGGUGUAAAAGUCUUAUGUAAUAAAAUAUAUAUAAUGUUCUGUUUAAUUU